AUUGAAGGGGUGGUCUGGGACAAUCUUAUGAAUCCUGAGGCUAAGUUUAGAAUAUUUUUAAAUUUAUGGGCCAACGGAAGUUGGCUAAAUCACCGAAUUACACCCACCCUUUAUUCCCCUUCUUCUCCAAGACGAGCUGAUUCUCCCCAUCAAAGUUCUGCAUCAAAACCCUUUACUCCAAGGUUAGUUUAACUUGGGCUAAAUAUGUCGGGAGAAGAGGAAGAGAACGCCGCUGAGCUCAAGAUUGGUGAUGAAUUUUUGAAGGCCAAGUGUUUGAUGAAUUGUGAAGUUUCCUUAAUUCUUGAACAUAAGUAUGAGCAGCUUCAGCAGAUGUCGGAGGAUCCAAUGAAUCAAAUGUCUCAAGUAUUUGAGAAGUCUCUGCAGUAUGUGAAGCGUUUCAGCCGCUACAAGAAUCCUGAUUCUGUCAGACAAGUCCGAGAGAUUCUUAGCAGAUACCAGCUUGCUGAAUUUGAGGUGAGGAUCCAACAAAUGCAACAUGUCUCUCUUCAUUUGUUGAAAGGAACCUUAAAAGUGCCACUAAUUCCUUGUCUUCUGCAGCUUUGUGUACUUGGUAAUCUUUGCCCAGAGACUGUUGAGGAAGCUAUUGCUAUGGUCCCAUCAAUCAAGAAUAGAGGCCGUGCCCUUGAUGACGAUGCUAUUGAGAAGAUGCUGAAUGACUUAUCUCUGGUCAAGAAAUUUGAGUAGAAGAAGUUUGAGCAGCAACAUCUAUCUAGGACAGAAAGGUCGGUGGUAAAUGCCAGUGGCAUAUCGUGCUCAUGUAAAUUCUACAUUGAUCUUAAAGUGGAGACAGAUUUUUUGCUUGGCUGCUUAAAUUGGGAUGUAGUUGUUGGGAUUUUCAAAUCGAUUAUGUUUUCAUCUUAUUUUGAACAAUUUUCUUGUUCAUUUGAAGAAGAAAAUGUAGUCUAAUGUUUAACUACUUCAAACCUUUGCAAUUUGGCUA